CCUCGGCCAUGGCCGCGCUGGGGGUCGCGGCCCGCGCGCUCGCUCGGCAGGGACGCUCCUGGGGCCCCCGUGCCUGCCUCGGGCUGGGCGAGCCUGCCACGCAGGCGCGAGAGAACCACGGCUGGCACGCGUCGCUCCUGUCGCUGCGAGGCGCCCUCCCAGUGAGAGGAGAGCCUCUCAGGAAGAAGAAGAAGGUGGAUCCUAAGAAAGAACAAGCCGCCAAGGACCGGCUGAAGAAGAGGAUUAAGAAGCUGGAGAAGGCCACGCAGGAGCUGAUCCCCAUCGAAGACUUCAUCCUUCCUGCGAAGUACCUGGAGGAGGAGAGGCAGCGCCCGGAUCGGCAGCUCCCCUUGGAGGACAGUGAGAGGAGGACCUUUCUCAUGAAGAGGUGGGCCCUUUACAAACAGCAGGAGCACGAAACCGAGCGAGAGAAGAUCGCGUCCAUGCUGGAGGCCCAGCAAGAGGCCUUGCGGGAGCUGCGCCUAGAGUCUGAGCUGCUCUACGAGGCCGCUGCCCGGCGAGACGAAGGCUUGUUUCCCUUUGAAAAGGAGGGCCCGACCUACACCCCAGCCAGCCCUGGCUACCAGCCCCCCGAGGGCAAGUACAACGAUAUCACCAAAGUGUAUGUACAGGGGGAGCACAAGAGAUAGGCCAGAUGCCAGGCACCCACCGGUGGGGGCUCACGGCGAGUCCCUUGUCCUGUGUAUCUCUGGGAGAGCCCAGGCCACGCCCAGCAGGGAGCACAGCCUUUGUCCUGCAGCCCCAUGACUUUCCUGCGGCGUCUGGGCCUCAGAGACCUCCCUUUGUGCUGGGGAGACGCAAAAAGGUCGCCUGCCUGCAGAGAGCUCCUAUUCUAAUGGAGGAGUCAGUCUAGACCUAAGAAGGUAUAUUCGAGAAGGUGGGAGGGGGCCUCGGGGCUUCCUGCAGGGCUUGGGGGGGUCACUGGGUCCUGGAGGGUGUAUUUCUUUUAAUAAAAGAAUUGUGAUUCAUAAACAUUA